UUUAGAGGUCAUGCGCAGGCGCCGCUUUCAACACACGGUAGCUUCAGCGUCUAAGCGGCUUGUUGCUAACUAGCUGAAUCAUUUGGUGGAAGUCUCCCCCUUUUCUUGUGAUUGUGCGUGUCUUGCAGUGCAAUGGCGGCAAGAUAUGACAGAGCUAUUACCGUAUUUUCUCCCGAUGGUCAUCUCUUUCAAGUGGAGUAUGCACAAGAAGCUGUAAAAAAGGGUUCCACAGCGGUGGGAAUUAGAGGUAAAGACAUUGUUGUCCUUGGUGUUGAAAAGAAAUCUGUAGCAAAGUUGCAGGAGGAAAGGACUGUCCGCAAGAUAUGUGCCCUUGAUGAGCAUGUCUGCAUGGCAUUUGCAGGUCUGACAGCAGAUGCCCGUAUCGUGAUAAACAGAGCUCGGGUUGAGUGCCAGAGCCACAGGCUAACUGUUGAGGACCCAGUCACAGUGGAAUACAUCACACGCUACAUAGCUACACUGAAACAGCGCUACACUCAAAGCAAUGGGCGCAGGCCGUUUGGCAUCUCUGCGUUAAUUGUUGGCUUUGACUAUGAUGGAACUCCCAGGCUGUAUCAGACAGACCCUUCAGGAACCUACCAUGCCUGGAAGGCAAACGCAAUCGGCCGUAGCGCAAAAACUGUGAGGGAGUUCUUGGAGAAGAAUUACACAGAUGAAGCCAUUGCUGGGGACAAUGAGGCAAUCAAGUUGGCUAUCAAAGCUUUGCUUGAGGUUGUCCAGUCAGGAGGAAAGAAUAUUGAACUUGCUGUUAUCAGACGGAAUCAGCCAUUGAAGAUUUUGGAAUCCAAGGAAAUUGAGACCCUGGUGGCUGAGAUUGAGAAGGAGAAAGAGGAAGAGGCAGAGAAGAAGAAGCAGAAAAAAUCCACCUGAAGCAGUUAACUAAGAGUUUUUCUUUAUUGCACUUGGAUCACAACAGCAUAUUUGGGUUGCAAAUAUUAGUAUGUUUCUGAGGGUUUACUCUCAUUUAUUUCAAUGUAAAGAGCUGAAUCAUAACUUGAGAUCUGUUGAUCUUUUGCACACGUUUCUGAGUGAUACUGUUCAAGUUGCAAAGAAUAACUAGUUCCUAUACCUCCAACUACUGAGUUGACUGAUGUGUAAAAGCAGAUCCAUAGAUCUCAAGUUAGGGUUUAGAUCUUAAACUAUGCCGACAGGAUGUUUUUAUAUCAUUCUCACAGCUCCGACAGUGACGAAUCUCAACUGUUGAAAUAAACCAUUUGUAACAUUCAGAACCAUAAUGAAACUAAAUACUCAAUAAAAGCCGAUUUGUUUGUA